AUGGCCGACUCGAAAACUGCGGUUUCGAAACCCACUCUAUACAAUGAUACCAUCCCUGAUGUGGCAACAGGCACAUACGACAACCAUCAUGUCGACAUGGAGCAUUAUAGAUCUACCGUUCCGCUCUGGAAGCGAGUGUGGCAGCACAGCUUAACACAAAUGAUACUUUUGAGCAUCCAGGCUUUUUGUGGGCCAGCCAUGUCUGAUGCGAUCACCGGUCUUGGUGGUGGUGGACUCGCGACUCCUCAAGUAUCGAAUAUUUGCACCGCCAUCACUUACGCCCUUCUUGCUGUUGUCUGCUUCAUGGGUGGUCCCAUUGUGAACAAUAUUGGCGUCAAAUGGGCCCUUGUCAUCGGCGCAAUGUCCUUUCCGAUCCAGGGGUCUGCAUACUAUUGUAACAGCAAGUUCGGGAACCAAUGGUACCUCAUUCUCAGUGGAGCUAUCAGUGGUAUAGGGACCGCUUGCUGGUAUGUCGCUGAGGCCGGAGCAAUCAUGACACUUGCUCCUUCUGGUGCACGGGGCAAAUACCUCGCUUUGUGGAUUGUGUCGCGAAAUCUUGGGCAGCUAGUUGGAGGUGCAAUCAACCUGUCCAAAAAUCACGAUCAAGGAGAUAGCGGCGGUGUUACCCCAAAUACAUACCUUGCUUUCGUUAUUAUUGAGUCUCUUGCUCUACCGUUUGCAUUGUUGAUCAUGCCUUUUCAACAUGUUGUCAGAUCCGAUGGCACGAAGAUCAUCACUGCAGAAACUCUGUCUACCAAGCAAGAGUUCAAGCGCAUCUGGAAGACCAUCACCUCAAAGCUUAUCAUGCUUUCUGCACUCUGGGCACUAUGGUCGUUUUUCUACAGCGGCACCUGGUCCACCUACUUGGGAACCUAUUUCUCUGUCCGUGCCCGCGCUCUGUCAUCGCUCAUUUCGCCUCUCUUCUGCAUCGUCGGCUGCUUCGGCCUUGGAUUCAUCCUCGAUAUGAAAUCCGUCAGCCAGCGCCGUCGCGCCCAGAUCGGCCUUUACACAGUCGUCAUUCUCAAUGUUGGCGUAUACAUCUGGUCUAUAAUCAUGCAAACGAAGUUCGACCGCAAUGACCCUGGAGAUAUUGAUUGGAGCGACAGCCUAUACCCCUCAGCUUUUCUGCCGUAUUUCUUCGUCCAGACUACGGGCCCCUUAUCGCAGUCAUACAUGUAUUGGCUUAUCUCAUCCUUUGGAACAGAUGCGCAAGAAAAUGUUCGAAAUGGUGCCGCAUUCAGAUGCAUCGAAGCUGUUGGCCAGGCUAUUGCCUACGGUAUUAACACUCAGACGAGCAACAUUCUCGUUGGAUUUUCUGUUACGUUUGGGUUGCUCGCACUUGCUUUAUUGCCCAUGAAUAUGCUGGUGAAUACUACACCAGAUCGCAUUCCUGCCGACCUUGUUGCCGAGCAGCAAGAUGCAGCGCAGGGAAAGAUUGAGUCUCCAGACUUCUCAAGUCUACUCUUAAGCCUAUUCUUGAGUCUAUUAUCGAGUCUAUUCUCAAGUCUCUUCUCAAGUCUCUCGCCCGAAGAAUUCAAAGCCGUCGUCGAGCUUAUUGCUGACUGCGCGUCGGACAUCAAGACACGAACCAUGCUUACCGCACAGCGUGCCUCAAUUGAUUACCAGCUCACAGUGCUCAACACAAACGUGACCGUUAAGAUGGCGAACGUCAACAACGCGAUCACGAAUGUGGUCGACCCCGACCUUCGAGCGGCAGCGACCGAGCUGGCGAGGCCAAUGAUGGAGCGUGCUGCGUGA